UGUUGCUAUUUUUUAGAAAUAGCUAAGAAAAUAUUGAGUUGUUCAGGUUUUAGUAGUAGAUAUACUGUAAUUAGGCAAAUGAUUUUGUAUGUUAGAAUAUUUUUAUAAGUUAACUGUUUGAAUCUAGUGUUAAGAUGGCUUCUCAAGAACGGUUGCAAAAAUCCUUAGAGGUUUUGAAAAUUUUGUCUCAAAAUCAGCCUCCUGACCAAUCCAGAAAAAAAGACAAAAUUCAUCAUUGUUAUGUAGUCUCAGAAGCCUUUUCAAAUCCUACAAUUAAAGUUUCAACUAAUUUGCCAGUACUUCUUGAAGUCACAAUUGAGACGUUUUUGAAGUUAUGUGACGAUAGUGAUGCUGAUAUUCGAAUGACUAGUGAAGAAUGCCUUAAUAGAAUAAUCAGGGUCAUGAGCGAUGGUCACACGGGUAAAAUACAAAUAGAACUACACAAAGAAAUAAAGAAAAAUGGAUCGCAAAGAUCGCUUAGGGCAGCCCUAACUCGUUUUUCACAUUUGGCACAUCACAUAAGGCCUCAUAAGGGCAAGCCCUAUGUGGUGAAUCUUUUCCCUGCUCUGAUUAAAAUAGCAGAUAGAACUGAAGAAGGAGUACAUGAAACCCUAGCUGCUUGCCUUCCCAAAAUAUUAAAAGUUUUGGGAACAUUUGCCUCGGAUAAUGAGAUUAGGAUUCUUCUAAAAGCAUUUCUUAGUAAUAUUGUGAAACCUUCACCUACAAUGCGAAGAACAUCUGCUAGUUGUAUACAGACAAUAUGUGUGAAUUCUCGGAGGCCUUAUUAUUUUUUGACCUAUUGUUUAAAUUGUAUCUUAGAUUUAGUAAUACCAGUGGAUAGUAACGAAAAUAGCAGUUUAAUACUAGGAGUAUUUCAUUGCUUAAAAGUGUUAUUACCCUCAGUGAAAAACAUUGUAAAUACCAACGAAGGCUUAGGCCACUCCAAAGAUAUCGAUGUUUAUCCUAUUCCGGUAAACAAAUUAUUACAGAUUUUUGAGCUUUGUCAUUACUAUUUAACAAGUAGCGACCAUAAUGUAAUAAAUGCAUCAUUGGAUACUUUAAAUACUUUACUUCUAAAUGCUACUGAAGAACUUACUAAAACUUUACAAAGUCCAAAUGGAAUUGAUCGCUGCAGAAUACUAAAAAGUUUUUCAAUAAACAAUAUGCGAUCUUUAAGUGAACUAAGUGUAUCAACUAAUAUUACCUCAGCUGAAGAAACGUCUAUUGCAGAAUGUGAAUUGACAGAAACUAUCGACAGUAAUAUUGUUAACUGGAUAGGGGAGUCAAAGUUGUCAGUUGUAAGUGACAAUAAUUCGAAAGUGAAUUUAGAUAAGAAAGACUCGAGAGGCGAUAGUAUUAAUAUCAAAAAUAGAACUGAAGAAUAUUAUGAAACUCAUUUGAAAUUACCUGAAUUUUAUAAUAUGGUUGGUGGAAGUUUAAGUGUAAAUAAUAAUCUGGAUAAUCUUAGUGAUAGGUUAUCAGAAGGAAGCACUGCAGGCAGUGAAGAGAAAUUAUUGGAUGCAGAAGAAGGGUUUAUGGACAUCGAUAUCGGCGAUUAUCUAGAUAAAUCUGUCCCCCUUCUUUACUGCACGAGGCUUCUAUCAAAGCUAUUUCUUCUUUCAGGAAUUCCGAACAAAUACAUCAGCGAUAAAACCGUCAGGGUAUCAGUUAAAUCUUCAGCCUUGACUUGUCUGUCUUCAAUCUUCAAAUUAUAUCCUUAUGGUUUUUUUACUUAUUUAGACAAAAACUAUUCACCAAAUAAUAGCCGCGUCAGCUCCCAGAGAAUAACUGACCUUAUGGUCCUGGCUGACCACCCAGAUCCACAAUUGAGAGGCAUAGCAAGAUGUGUAGCUUCGGACGUGGUGGUGGCAAUAUUGAAGAAAACACAUUUAAAUUUUCAUUUAUGGGCUACUGUUUUAGAGGAGCAUGGUAAAAAAAUAAUGAAGCAGAAUAUGUUUGUGCCAUACGACAUUGACUUUUUUGUUAGAAUUUGGCUAACGGGUCUGGAAGAUGAAAAUUCAAAUUGCCUUAGAAAAACGAUUCUAGCCCUUAAACCAGUUUUAGGAAUUUUAUGUGAAUCUUCAAUGUGCACUAAGAUUGAGCCGAUUUUAAAAAUUCUACCCAUUGUUGCUAAUAAUCCUUAUUGGCUGGUCAAGGUUGCCUUGUGUGAACUCGUAUGUGAACUGCCAUAUAUUACCAUAAAUCACUUAUGGGGUAGCGUAUUUCAACAGCAAAUUACCUAUAAUGUUUUGUUGGAGUUUUUAAAAGAUACCGACCAAAGAAUUAGAAGUGCUUCCAGUAGUGCAAUUUUAGCUAUAAUACCACAUUUACACUGCGAAACAUUCCAUUCAAAAGAAAGCCAUCAAACUACAAAAGGAAUUUUAUUGUCCAAAAAAUACAUUUCUGGUAUCUAUGAUGACAAAAAUGAAAAAGAUCUUUGUUGGACUCAUUUUGUAGAAAAUAUGCCUUUUCCCUAUUCUCAAAUAUCGGUACCAGGGUGUAAAAAAAUUGACUAUAUGUUGUCCAAAAUUAUUACGAACCUGUACUACAGUUUAUUAGAAAGCAACUCUAAGUUUUUUAUUUUUGGUUGUAUUGAGGCCCUCUCAGAAUUAUCUACAAAAUACCCAUGUACUGUAUAUAAAUUAGCUUGGGGUAUCGCAGAACAUAAGGAAGAUACAAUUCAAUUUGGUAGCAGCAAAGAUUUGUUAGGCCUGUGUAUUAGUCUAUUGAACAGCUCCGUCCAUGUUUAUGACAUUUUAUUUUUGGCUAAUCUCUCAAAUUUAACGUUAAAUCUAUAUUCGGGUUAUGCAAUGGUUUCAGUCAAACCAAUUGAUGUGACAGAUAGGUCCAGCGUCCCCUGGUUAAUGUUUCCCUCCAAUGAAGCUCUGAAAUCGCUUUCCGAAAAAUAUCUUUUACAUGCAAUGAGACUCUUAAACAUUUUUUAUCACGUCAUUAACGAUUUGAUGCCAACCCCUCCACAAAGUAAAACGGUUUUGCCACAUUUGCCAACUACCGGUACUUUAUCGCCAAUAAAAAGGCGAAAAAGUGACGAGAAAAAAUUACCCUUAAGUGGAGGCAAAGUUUUACCUGAUAAAGAAGAGAAACUUGAGAAAAAGGAAGUAAAAAUUACGAAUUUUGGUUGUUUUGCUUCGUCACAACAUUAUAUGAAAAUUUUCGAAACUUUAAGAAGCGCUUUUGUUAAUUAUAAGAUAUCGCUUGAGGCAUCUUCGUCAGAAACCUUUUUAGAAUCGCUUCGGAAAGCUAUUCACACGUUAUGUGUAAUAUUAGAAGUAGGCACUAUUAACGAAUUUAGUAGAAUAGCCGAAGAAAUUCUAAGUUACCUAAAGACAACGUUUCCGCUGGAUAGGACAGUUACACUUCAAUGUGUACAACAGCUUUUAAAAUGUUUAUUUGGGACAAAUUUGAUAGUAAAUUUGGGACAUAUAUUUGAGGAGCCCGAAAAACACCAAGAGGACCAAAAUUCCAGUUUUUACCACAACCUAUUUCAAAAACCUUACGAAGAUAUGUCUGCCUGCAUUAAAGCUCUCAACUCGAUUAACAAGAUAGAAUGUGAUAGAGAUAGAACCAUUAUGGGUUAUUUGCACCGAAGAGAUGUUAAGAAAAACCCCGUCAUUAGCAGGACCUCGGAUAAAACUUUGGCCAGUUAUAUUCGGAUAUUUGAGUCUAUGGUUAUUAAUUCUUUAGAGCAAUACACGGUUACUAGUGACGUACUAUUUCAAAGCCAUGUGUUAAAACUGCUCUGUCAGUUGGUCCAGCUGCGAGUAAAUUAUUGCCUUUUAGAUUCUAAGCAGGUGUUUAAAGAUUUCGUUUUGAAGCAGUUUGAAUAUAUUGAAGAAGGAUUUGUUCCGCAUUCCGAUAAACUCAUACCCAAAAUUUUCCAGUUUUUGGUUCAGUUAUCCUAUUCAAAACAGCAUAGCAAAAUGAUAAUAGAUGUACCGAAAAUUAUACAACUCUGCGAUGGUCUAAUGGCUAGUGGACAAGAUCCACAGACACACUGUAUACCAGCGUUGGAGCCUAUCGUUGAAGAUAUUUUUUUGCUGAGAAAUCGUACCAAUGCGACGGACGUGAAAGAAUUAGAAACUACAAGAGAAGUAAUACUUUCAAUGCUUUUGCGGUUAUUGGAAUACAAAGAAGUAAUAGACCUCGUAACGUUAGUACUGGAAGAUAGCAAGUAUUGCACCGACGACACUGAAAAAUGGCUGCGAUGGUCUGGCCAAGUUGCAAAUAUUUUUCUGCAUAUGUUGAAGUUAAACAAGAUAAGAAUUGACGAUAGAAACUCAUUUGUGUCACUAAGGAAAUUUAUUUUUGCAUUAAAUCCAAACGUGUUUAAGCCGUUAGAUGAUGUGGUUAUUAUGAUUUUCCGGGAAGCACCUACUUCUAGUGAAGAUUGUACUAUUUUCUGCCGAUGGCUUUCCAAAUUAAUUCUUCUAUUUCUAAUAAUCUCGCCGCUAAAAGAGGAGGAACUCUUAUCAAAAAUUAACGUUCUUAAAUGUGAGUUCAGUCCCGGAAGUAUAUUUGAACACGUUAUAGCAACAGCAGAUCCACUGAAUGUGUAUAACAACGCUGAUACAUUUGAAAAUUUGUCUUCCGAAACCAUUAUUGCGAGAUUGAUUCUGAGAGUUGUUUCAAUAAUUUCUACAAAAAUUAUGGAGUCCAAUGAUACUAACGAGGAAUUCUUAGUAAAUCAAUUUAGUAGUUUUUUGUUGUUCUGGUCUUACAUGUUUCAGUCAGGAGGUUUGUGCAAGGUUUCUCAGGCAACAUCAUUACUACUUCAUCACCCUGAUAUUAAUUUACAUAAAAUUAACAACAACUUUAUAAGAAUUAUGACAAUUUAUCCCACAGUUGUAAAUGAGUGGUCUCAUAUACUAAGUAUUUUAAACUACAAUGAAAUAGGUUGGUGGGAUAAUGUAGCUUGUGCAGAAAAGACUUGUAUUAAUAAAACUAUCGUAAUGACGGGAAGCAUAAUAGUAUUAUGUGACUAUUUGAGCGAAAAUCUAACAGAAUCCGAGCAGCUCUCUUGGAUACUACGAAACCAUUCAGAAACACUAAUAAAUUUAAUUGAGGAAGCACCAGUAUUGGAAUUUAUUUCCUUCGUCCACAGAAAUGCCGAUUUGAGUAAAAUGUUUAUCAGCAGCGUUUCGCAGCAAUGCCUACACAUAACCGACGCCGUUUUUAAAAUGAAAAUCUUGGACUCGAUUGAAAACUGCCAUAUAUCUCAAACCGGUGCUGUUAUAAAAUUAUUAAUUCCAAGAAUGUUGUGCAGUCGCCAAAUGGCAGUAUCCCGCUCAGCUGCUCAUUUGGCCAGUAGAAAAAUUGAGUUUUUGUCCACUAUGACGAGCGAAGAGGUCCUAAAGCAGUUGUCGAAAGAAGAUUUGUUUAUCAUAAAGGAAGAGUUAAACAUUAAGAAUUUUUCAAAGAAGUACGAAACGCUAAUUAGUCUUCUAAACAAACUGUUAGUAAGGUACUACGAUAUGAGUCCCUUAGACUUUAGCCAGACUCGUUUAAUAAACCCAGAAUAUAUAAGAAAAUUGGAUAUAAACCGAAAAUGGCUUUUGUCUCAAAUCCAGGGAAAAUAUCAGGACGGAAUGCUGAGGCAGGAAACCUCAACGAUUAUGACGAAACUAGAAUACAUUGAAUUAGCUAGUUUCAUGUCCAGCACCGAUUUUAAUAAAAUUAUAUUUAGAGACUGUAUAGAAAAAGGUGUGAAGUUAAUGAAAGAUAAAUAUUUAAAGCAGGAACCUCCUAUAUUAAAGGCAACUAUUGAUAAUAUUUUAAAAGAUAUUAGCAAGAUCGUUUGCGAACAAUGUGGAAGAUAUGAGGGCUCAACCGCUUCCAUAAAAAUCAAAACCAGAGACCUAAGUAAGCAACUUUAUGAUAACGACAUGUUUUCUUACUUACUCGAGCACUUAUGUUAUUCAUUAUCAGCGCUCAGUAAACAUCUAUAUGAGCUUCCUACCUUGGAACUGGCAGAAAUAGACUGCGAAAACAUUGCUAAGUUUUCUAUAAUUGCCUUGGAUCAUAUUAAUUUUAUUAUAAAAGCAGAUAAUAGCUACUUAGAUAUAAGUACCCUAGAAAUUUUGCUUGAUUGUGCCAACGAGAUUUUAAAACAGUCUCAGUUUUCUAGCUAUAUUGGUUUGGAUGCCAACGUUUCAUGGCUGUGUGCCGGCGUGAGUGCCCUCUAUCAUUUAAUAGAAUUUUUAUUACGAAACGAUGAACCGUUACCAUCUAUUGAUAGGCAGGUGUUCAAAUUAUCUACAAAAAGUCCCAAUAGUGAAGCUCAGAACGCGUGCCACAAUUUAUAUACCUUGACUUGUUGGUUGUACAAGAAUCAAAACAAAUACGUGAAGAUUCCAAUAUUUUUACUAUGUAGAGUCAAAAGUUUAAUCGUUUCUUUAGCGAGGCUGCCACUGGUAAAUUCAUUUAUUUUUGUACCACACAAGGUUUGGAAAUUGGGUUGGCAUCCUGAUUUAAGUGGAAAGUUUUCUACUCAAGUACCUCAGCUGCCUAUUGACAUGUUGCAAGAAAUCGAUGUUUUGGAAGAAUACAUUUUCAGAGCCACACUGUUAGGUUGGACUACUAGGCAACAAUUCGAAGAAAUGUGGAUGUGCUUCCUCAGUGUCUUGUGCUCCCCACUAGACUCUAAUGACUUAGAUACAGCUGACCUAGCUAGGCGCGCCUCGACUUUAGCUAUAAAAGCUAUUACAGCCCAACUUUUGCAGUCUUUUAGAUACCCCGUACUUGGCAACAAAAACGUAUCUAAAAUUAUGCAUGUAUCUAGAAAUACGCCUAUGUCAGAAACUUCUAUAAGCAUGAGAAAGCUUAAACUGAUUCAAAAUCAUAUAGAAUACAAAUACAAUGAAGAACUAGGCACUUGUGUUUUGGAAGAUAUAAAAAACGUAUUCAACAGUAAAAAUUUUGAAAAAAUAACGGAUCAGUAUUCAUAUGGUCAGGUAUCCGUGAAAUAUCUAUUAGCAUGUACCAGUACCGAUGGCGAAAAUUCUGAUAUUAUGUUUAAAAAGAGGAAUCAACUUUUGGAAGAAAGCGGUUUGGAUAUUAACUCAUGUUUGCAAUUUUUAUUGGAUUAUUAUACACAGAUAAUGAAAUCUCAGUCUACCGUUGUUGAUUUACGAAUUCUUCAUGAAACUGUCAGAUCGACCUUAUAUAUAUCAGAUUUAUUCAAUGACAAAUCCCAGUUUUCUUGGAUGUUGGAUAUAUUUUUAGAUUUAGCAAAGGUUCACGCGGUUGAAGAUGAACUGUUACACCAAUUUCUAAUCGUUGGUAUUUGUAAAGCUGUAGGAGUUUUAACACCGGACCUGGAAGUAUAUGAACAAACCAAAAAACUCUUAGUCCAAUUUUUAAAGAGCCCUUUCCUUCCAACUCGCAUUUCUUCUUUACAUGGUUUGCUUUAUGUUCUAGAAGGAUGUAUUUUAUCAAACAUUGCUAUUGGGGGAAUAUCCGAAGAGUUACAACUAAUUCUGCCAUGCGCUGUUGAAUAUAUUCAAGUCAACUUAAGCAGCAAUCAUCCUGUAUUGAAAAAAUCCCAGGAACACGCCUUGGUUUUGUGGUCUUUAGCCUUUUAUAUUCUAGAAAAUGUCGAUGAACAUCAUGUGGAGAGUAAUUUUGUUGCUAAUACGUUACAACUAGCUCUACAUAAGGUUCAGAAAACAUCGAUGAGUUGCAUUGACAAAUGUAUAUUAAAGGGCCUGGAGAGGUUAUUACUAAUAAGACCAAUGUACACUCUAGAAAAAAUAGGAAAAAGCUUACAAAAGUUGGCAUUAGAGAAGAUGAGAGACGAAAAUCCUUCUAUUUCAAUUUUGGGAUUUCAGUUACUUGUUACUUAUAUGUAUGUUGACUGUUGGGAACACCUAGAGAAACCCGAGGUAGACAGCGAACAGACCAGCCCAGACCAUUUAGUGCAAACGAUCGAAAAGAUAUCAGCCAUUUUCGAUCGAAUAAAAAAAAGCUACAUAAACGAAGCUGAAGUUCUUUGUUCCGUGCUACCUUUAAUUUUAAAGGAUUUUUUCAGCCCGUCCGAUAUCCUCACUAAAGUCAUUGGAGAAUUUUUAUCCUCGCAACAGCCUCACCCAAAAUUGAUGAGUGGUGUAGUUUUUCAGGUUUUUGACAGUGCAAUUCAACUAAACCAACUAUCACUCCUACAAGAUUGGGUGGUUUUCAGCCUUUCCAAUUUUACGCAAUCCUUCUCCAACAUGGCAGUUUGGAGUCUUACGUGCUUUUUCAUUAGUGCGAGUCCGAAUUUGUGGCUAAAAGCAUAUUUUCCUUAUGUCCAAAGUAGAGUGGGAAGGUAUGAGUACGAAGACAAAAAAAUAUUUUGUAUAGCAGGGGCCGAUUUUUAUAACAAUCUAACCAGUGAUAACCAAAGGAAAGCGUUUGUUGAUAGUUUUAUGAAAGUUAAGGAUCAUACUGAUAUGCCUUUUUCGGAUUUAUUGAAUUCUUUAUAAUAAUAAAACAAAAAGGCGUAAUUGUUGAUAUUAGAUUGUGGUAAGAGAACAAGUCACGAAUAAUACGAUGAUGUCGCAUAAAAUAUUAAAUAAGGCAAAUGUACCAAUGUUCGGAUAGUUAAGGAGAAAACUCAACUUUAAAAUUCUCCACAAGUGUCAAAAGAUCAUAAUUAAAUUUAAAAUGCAAAAAACAAAUUGAAAACACGAAUGUGACCAUGAAAAUGACACGAAUUGACCCAAUAGAUGGACGUAAUAUAAUCUUUAUUUUGUUAAAAUAAGUGCAUAAUAAUUACUUUUAUUUCAUCAGAGAAUAAACAUAUAUAUGUAUCUACAAAAAUUAAAAAUAAAACAUUUUAAAUACAAAAGAA